GGUAAGUAAGUAAAAGUGGUAAGAAAGAAGAAUGCAACCAAGAGGAAACAGCUCAGAAGAUUCCUUUCUAGUAAUAGUAGUUUCCAGCAGCCAAAGAAGCAGAAGUAGAAGAACAACCACAACAAUGGAGUGGAAAUGGAAGACGAAGAAGCAACCACCUCAACCUCGGUUGCAGCGCUUGAACGCCAAGAGGAACAUCGAUUACGAGCCCCCAACUCCAACCCCACCUUCUUCAACUUCUUCCUCUCCUCCCUUCCACUCCCUCUACGAUCCAACCAGCCUCCGUGUCAUGGGCAUCGACGGCGAAUUCGACCGCAUCUUUCAAAGCUUGGGUCUCUCCGGCCCCGAAGAUUUCGCUAUCCCCACUGCUGAUUGGGAAGCUCGCAAGUCUCGUUCUGCUGAUUCCAACCCCAAUCCCAAACCCAAUCGCAAUUGCAAUCGCAAUGUUCCUGUUACUGUUCUUCCAGUUUCGCCCAAAUUGGAAACCCCUGACCUAAGAAAUGGGAAUUUUGGAGAUGGGGUUUGUGGAAUCAAGGGUUUUAGGCCACCCCUUUUGGCUACAACUGCUGGUGGUGCUGGUGUUGUUCGUUCUCCGUCUUCUUCUGGUGAGCAUGAUGGUAGGGGAGGUGUGGGUAGGCUCAGAUUUGGGGAAAGGAGCGUGGUUUUUACUGAUUCUGGUUCGUUCUCUACUUCCCAUGAUGAUGAUAGUGAUGUUGGUGGUGAGAGAGGUUGUUCUGCUUCUUCUUCUGCAAAUGGGUGGGUUACACUACCUUUCUCCUCGUGGCAGAAGGGUGAUCUCUUGGGAAAAGGGUCCUUUGGAACUGUGUAUGAAGGCUUCACUGAUGAUGGAAACUUUUAUGCGGUAAAGGAGGUUUCUUUGCUGGAUGAAGGUACCCAGGGAAAACAGAGCGUUCUCCAACUUCAGCAGGAAAUAUCUCUUUUGAGUCGGUUUAAACAUGACAACAUAGUUCGAUAUUUUGGCUCACACAAGGACGAAAGUACACUAUAUAUCUUCCUUGAGUUUGUGUCAAAAGGGUCAUUGGCUAGUCUCUAUCAAAAGUAUCGCUUGAAUGAUUCUCAAGUUUCUGCAUACACAAGGCAGAUUUUAAAUGGCCUGAAGUAUCUUCAUGAUCGUGAUAUUGUCCACAGGGAUAUCAAGGGUGCAAAUAUACUGGUAGAUGUAAGCGGGGCAGUAAAGCUUGCAGAUUUUGGAUUGGCGAAGGCGACAAAAUUGAAUGAUCUUAAAUCAAGCAAAGGCUCCCCAUACUGGAUGGCACCCGAGGUUGUUAACUUAAAGAACGAAGGUUAUGGCCUAGCAGCUGAUAUAUGGAGCUUAGGGUGUACAGUUUUAGAGUUGUUGAUAAGGCAGCCUCCUUACUCCGACUUGGAAGGAAUGCAAGCAAUAUUUCGGAUUGGCAAGGGUGAACCUCCACCUAUUCCUGAACAUUUAUCUGAAGAUGCCCGAGAUUUCAUUCUUAAAUGCUUACAAGUUAACCCAAAUAAACGUCCAACUGCAGCUCAGCUGUUGGAUCAUCCAUUUAUUAGGAUGUCUGCAAGUCAAGCUUCUCAACGUACUUAAUAUCCAGUUUGAAGUGCUCUCAAUCACCUCCUAUAUUGGAACUGUGUAGGUCAAAUUGAUCCUCUAUUUUCUGGAGUCUAUCCAUACUCAUUUGAGUUUAAACUGGUGGCAGUGUUGUUAAUGGUGGAUUACGAUGGAAAGCCAAAAAAAAAGUCCGUAGUUGACAAAUACUAAUGGCGUAUGGUGGAUUAUGGCGGCUUGCUAGAAUUCCGCCAUGAGAUUCGGCCACAGCAGCGCCAUGGCAGAUAUUUUACAACACUGACUGGCGGUAACAUCCAGGAAAAGGUUAGUGGGUUUGUAGAUAUCCACUGGAGUUGGACCCUCGCAACUCUCACUGGUUCCCACCAUGUUGAUUCCAUGCUGAACUUUGGGGAAGUUGCAUUCUCAAGAGUUCCAUUGAGGUUAAUCUUCACCUUUAUGCUAAAUGGGAAGAAGCAAUGUCUUUUUGUCCUACAGUAUGGAUCUUAUGACUUGCAGGGGAGUGGAGAAUGAAGGGAUUUGAAUUUUCUGCUGUUGAAUUCUCGCAAAUUCACCGUGGGCUCCGGGCUCCGUAGCUGUCGGUUUAAAAUCAGACGGCUCAGAUAUAGAGAUAAUUAUACACCUGAAAUUGGACUUUGAAAGCUGAGCCAUCAUUUUGGAUCAUACGGUUAUGAAACAACGACUCCAGCGAACUCAGGGAAAUCCGCAUGCAGGGAAUCCGGAUCAAGGAGGAGACGGCUUCAGUUCCAACAGAGUUCUCGUCACUGUACAGUGCAGUAUCAACACCCUGGAGAUUGCAGUGGCCAUGCAGUUGGUCAUUUGAUGCCCUAGUUUUCGGAUUAUUUAGUCACAUUGCUUCUACUGACUAAUCUAGUCUUUUUCAAGUUGUAUUUGUAAAGCAAUGGUGAUUGCAGUAUCUGGCUAUCUACUCACUUGAUCCUACCAGGAGCUCAAGUUCUUGUGAUUGGUCUUGCAUGGAAAUUCUACAUUCACAAGUAUGGGCAUGGUGGUUGCUGAUAAUUCUUCAUGAAAGGGGCUGCUGCAAGCAAUAUUAACCGUAAUGUCUUGUAUGCUCUAUGCUAUUCGAUUUAGAGCAACGAUGACAGUUGAAGUUGUGAAUAUUUUUUUGGUGUAUCUAAACUGUAUAGUUGCCGCAAUAUUUUGUUCUGUAAAUAGUGAUCUCUUGUAUCUUUGGUGUACAAAAAUUGUUGUUUACUGGAGCAUAAGUGAAUCUUCUACUCAUUUGUUGUAAGAGGUGAAGCUGUAAUUUGCAUGUUUAUUAA